AGAGAGCCUGAGUUUAGCGUCGCCCUUCCGCUGCGACGGCAGUGACGCGUAUUGCCAGAGGAUGGCGGACGCCGGGUUGCGCCGCGUGGUUCCUAGCGACCUGUAUCCCCUCGUGCUCGGCUUUCUGCGCGAUAACCAACUCUCGGAGGUGGCCAAUAAGUUCGUCAAGGCGACCGGCGCUACGCAGCAGGAUGCCAACGCCUCCUCCCUCCUGGACAUCUAUAGCUUCUGGCUCAAGUCCACCAAAGCCCCAAAGCGGAAGUUACAGGCAAAUGGACCAGUGACCAAGAAGGCUAAGAAGAGCAGCUCAUCCAGUGACAGCAGUGAGGACAGCAGCGAGGAGGAGGAACAAGUUCAAGGAGCGCCAGCUAAGAAGUCUGCUGUGUCUGUGCCUGCCAAGCGGGUCAGUCCGCCUCAGCGUCCUGGAAAGGCUGUGGCCAAAGCUUCAGAGAGCAGCAGCAGUGAAGAAUCCAGUGAUGAGGAUGAGGAGGAGGAGGAAGAGAAGGAGGACAAAAGGAAAACCGCUGUCCAGCAGAAGGGAGUUAAACCCCAAAAACCCCAAGCCAAGGCAGCCAAAGCUCCUCCUAAGAAGGCUAAGAAGUCUGAGUCUGAUUCUGACUCAAGUUCAGAGAGUGAGGCACCAAAGAGCCAGAAGCCAAAGACAGCACCUGUGGCAGCGAAAGCCCCAGCCAGACCAGGUGCACCAGCUCAAACAGCGCCUAAGGUGACCAAUGGCAGAGCUGCUGCCAGCAGCAGCAGCAGCAGCAGCAGCAGCAGCAGCAGCAGUGACGAUUCAGAGGAGACAGCAGCAGCCAUCCCCAAGAAGACUGCAUCUAAAAAGCAAACUGUGACCAAGACCCCUGUGAAAGCACCCAUCGUAGCAACCCAGAAGAGUUCCAGUAGUGAAGACUCCUCCAGUGAAGAGGAGGAGGAGGAGCAGAAAAAGCCCGUGAAGAAAAAAGCAGGUCCCUACAGUUCCGUGCCCCCGCCCUCUGCUCCCCCACCAAAGAAGCCUCUGGGAGCGCCCCCUGAGAAGGCUGUGGAGAAGCAGCGUCCAGAGGCAAGCAGUGAGGACAGCAGUGACGAGUCUGAUUCAAGUUCUGAGGAAGAGAAGAAACCCCUAGCCAAGGCAGUCACCUCCAGGGCAGCCGCUAAACCAGCUCCAGCAAAGAAGGCAGAAGAGAGCUCCUCAGACAGCUCAGACUCUGACAGCUCUGAGGAUGAAGCUCCUUCUAAGCCAGCCAGUAGCUCCAAGAAUUCCUUAAGUAAGUCGGCUGCCACUCCUAAGCCACCUGCGGCUAAGCCAGCAGCUGCCACUCCCAAGCAGCUUGCGGGCAGCAGCCAGAAGUCUCUGACCAGAAAGGCUGACAGCAGCUCCAGCGAGGAGGAGAGCAGUUCCAGUGAGGAGGAGAAGCCAGAGAAGACCGCGGCCGCCCCUAAGGUGAAGGUGACUGCCAAAGCAGCACCGUCGCUGCCUGCCAGACAGGCUGCUCAGGCUGGAGGGGGCAGCAGCUCCGACUCCGACAGCUCCAGCAGUGAGGAGGAGGAGGAAGAGAAGACGUCCAAAUCCCUGGUCAACAAGAAGCCCCAGAAGGCGGCAGGAGGGGUAGCCCCAUCAAAGGCAGCCUCUGCCAAGAAAGCCAGGGCCGAGAGUAGCAGCAGUUCUUCCUCUGAGGAUUCUAGUGAGGAGGAGGAGGAGGAGGAGGAAGAGGAGGAGGAGAAACCCAAGGGUGGGGCCGCUCCUCGGCCCCGCACGCCGAAGACCAAUGGCACCUCGGCCGCAACUGCUCAGAAUGGGAAGGCCGGCGAGGACACUGAGGAGGAGGAGGAGGGGCGGAGGAAGAAGGCGGCAGUGGUCACCGCUAAGCCAGGUUCAGGGAAGAAGCAGAAGCAGAAGCAGAAGGAGGCAGUCAGAGAGGCGGAGACGCCUCAGGCCAAGAAGGUUAAGCUCCAGACCCCCAACACGUUUCCGAAAAGAAAGAAAGGAGAAAAAAGAGCAUCUUCCCCGUUUCGGAGGGUCAGGGAGGAGGACGUUGAGGUGGAUUCCCGGGUGGCAGACAACUCCUUUGAUGCCAAGAAAGGUGCAGCUGGAGACUGGGGGGAGCGGGCCAACCAGGUCCUGAAGUUCACCAAAGGCAAGUCCUUCCGGCACGAGAAGACCAAGAAGAAGCGAGGCAGCUACCGAGGGGGCUCCAUCUCCGUCCAGGUCAACUCCAUCAAGUUUGACAGCGAGUGACUGGAGCCCUUGGAGCAGGGAUGUGGGGGCGGCCUCUCGCCUGAGCUGGCCCGGGUCCCUCUGCUCUGGCGGGCUCUUGAGGACAGAGGUUUAGAGUAGGUCCUGAGCCUGUGCAGCGUGAUGUCCUCGAUCCUUUUCUGUGUCCUAGGUUUUGUACAGGUUUGGCUGUUUUGUUUUUUUGAGUGUUGAAUAUCAGGGACAAGGUAAGAGGAACGUUGUUUUUAAAGAAAAUACAUUUUAGUUGUUCCCUUGUUCUGUGGAAGUCCUCAUGCUGCAGAGUUUGUAUAUUUUAUAUUAAAUGAUUCUCAUUGAUUUGUGUUGUGAUUUUCAAAAGUGGGUUCCCACAGAUAAAAUCAUAGCUAUUGCUCAAGACACAGUAAAGAAUCAAAUGAACGACUGUUCAUAAUUAGAGCUUUUCUGCCUGUGCCCCUAGAGCCUGGCGGGGCCAGUUAGAAGCCGCUCACGAGUCUGCGAGUCGAGCAUGCGCUGUCUCAUUCUCACCCGUGGUCUGGGGCAGAAGGGUCAGCCAGCGUGGAGGUAACCCAACUUUUUUCAGAUAAAAUUCAGUUUGGUUAGAGAAACAACUCUGUGGUGUGAAUGGGAUGGGUCAGUCAUGUUUUCUGUAAUUUUGUCAUGUAUGUUUGCAAUACACUUGGUUUUAAUUUAAAAGCAAUCUUUUUCUACUGUUCAAAGGCAUUUGUUGGGGGCUGGGGAUUUAGCUCAGCGGCACAGUGCCUGCCUGGCAAGCGCAAAGUCAUGAGUUCGAUUCCUGGUACAGGAAAAAAAAUACCAAAAACCAAAAAAAAAAAAAAAAAAAAGGCAUUUGUUGACAGCUUGGCCCUUACAGUCGUGUACUAAGCUGAAGACUGCAUCUUCCCUUUUUUACAGCAUUGAGAACAAAACAGAACUAGCUUUGUGUGAGCAGCUUUUUACUCGGUGUUUCUGUCUUGAUAACGGUGGAAACCCAGAAUUAGUUCCGUUCCUCGUGGUUGAGAGCUGCUUAAUCAGAAGGCAUGGGAGGAAAGGAACGGCCAGAGAACCUCAGUUCUCAGUAGCUGGUUCCUGGGUGAACUUGUAGGGGAGCCCUGUGUGCGGACAGCUGAGGUGGGAAGGGGUUGGGAGCGCCCCUGCCAGGGUCACCGCCUGGAGCUGAUGGCUCUGGCCUCACCAGGGGAGCUCAGGCCCGCCAGCAGGAUUGGGGUGCGGCCCCGUGUAGAGUGCUUGCCUCGGUGCACCAGGCCCUGGUGGAGUCCUCGGCGCUGCACAUGCAGAACCCAGGGCCAGGGAGCAGAGGCCCAGCUCCUGGGCGAGCAGGCGCGGGAGGCGGUGGUGGGCCGGCUGCUGAGCCCGGCUGGGGCAGUCGGCAGCUCUGGAGGGUGGGCCGGCCCUGUCCUGCGGGCGUGCCUCAGGCUUUUGUGGGUGAUGCGGAGUCUGAAGCGUAGCUUCCCUUUGCUUGGACUCAACACAGAAUAGUGCGACAAAAUUUGGUUUUCUGCGUAACUGGGAAGAACAUGCGUCUGUCAUUCGUGCUGACGUGGGUACUUCAGUCUGCAUGGGAACAGUUCUGUGUUACUGCCAAACAAUAAACCGGCUGGUUUGUAA